AAAAAUUUGAGAGCGGGAGAAAAAUCUUCCUCUUCGCUGCCUCUCCUCUCUUACGCCUUGGGCUCUCAUUCUAAUCAGUGAAGAGAGAUCAACAAGUUUUCAAUCUCCAGAUCUGCGCUCCAAAACCCUCUCUUCCUUUUCAGAAGACACGGAUCUGAAGCUUAAGCCUCUGCUCACAAACAAACCACUGUUAAUUUUUCAACCUCCACAGCUCCAUUUUUGCACGCCUCUCUCUCUCUCUCUCUCUCUCUCUCUCUCUCACUCUCACUUGUCCCUUAGCCAUGGAUUAUUGCAGCAAAUCUUCUUGCACUCCAAGCUCUCCUUUUGAUUGCCUCCUCUUUGAUUUGGAUGACACUUUGUAUUCCUCUAAGCUUGGAAUAGCUGAAGCUCUGAGAAAAAAUAUUGAUGAAUUUCUAGUUGAGAAAUGUGGAUUUCCAGAGAACAAAGCUCCCAGCCACCGAGUUGAGCUCUUCAAGUCCUACGGCAGCUCUCUUGCUGGCUUGCGAGCGCUAGGCUAUGACAUUGAUGCUGAUGAUUAUCACAGUUUCGUGCACGGAAGAUUGCCUUAUGAUUUGAUCAAGCCAGAUUCCCAAUUACGUAACCUCUUGCGUAGCAUCACUCAGAGGAAAAUUAUCUUCACCAAUUCAGAUAGAAAUCACGCGAUCAUGGCCCUAAAACGGUUAGGAAUAGAAGACUGUUUCGACCAGAUCAUAUGUUUUGAGACGAUGAAUCCAAACCUGUCUAAAUCGACAAGUCCUGAUGAGUUCCCUGUUCUUCUAAAGCCUUCAGUAGAUGCCAUGAAAGUUGCUCUUCGUGUUGCAGAUGUUGAUCCUCGCCGUACGCUGUUUUUGGAUGACAACGUGCGCAAUGUGGCAGCAGGGAAAGCUUUGGGGCUCUGCACUGCUCUGGUUGGAAAAACGGUGAAGAGCAAAGAGGCGGAUUAUGUAUUGGAGCAUAUCCAUAACCUAGCUCAGGUGAUUCCAGAAAUCUGGGUAGGAGGAACGAAAAGCGGUGAUCAGAGGAUCAGCCGGCCCGGGAGUGAAAUGGAUGCCAUUCUCGCAGCUACAACCGUCGGGGCCUAAAUAAGACAACCAAUCAAGACCUCUUUUUUAAAGGACUGGGUUGGUGAUCCUUACCUGUCAAAUCUAUCUUUCAUGUGCUGUGCAUAUGUGUUGUUAAUUAAUGUAUCGUAUGCGUGUAAAAGGUUCUUCUGUGUAAUUUUCAUCCAUCCUACUGGUUAGCUCUCAUUGUCAUCUUUCUAAGCUAAAUUAAUUGUUUGUGAAUUAUGGUGUCAAUUAAGCUGGCUUAGCUGAUAGAAUAA